UUUACUUCAAAGCCCUAAAAACGGAUUGGGGGACGAAAUUCCGUUCAUCAUCUUCUUCUUCAUCGUCUUGAAGGCGCGCAGUCGAUGCCCUGUGCUGUGGUUUUGGUCGGCGAGGAGGGCCAUAGAGAGGGUUCCAUUAUCAAACGCUCUCUCUCUUCACCCACUUAUCAGUUUCUUCUCUUUUCAUGUCUUCAGUCGGUGGUUUGCUUUUAUCUGCUCCUCAUCCUUCAGGGUCUUCUAAAACCCUAGCCUUCCACUCCGGUUCCUCCCCUAUAUGCCUGCUUCCUUUUCUCCUGCUCUAUAGUAAAAACCCCUGUUUUGAUCUCAGGCUUUUUGCCUUGCAAUUCGAAUCCAGUUUCAGAUAUGGGCGAUUUUAAGGUUCUAUUAUUUGGGUCUUUCACUGAAGAUGAAACCAUUGCAUCGAUGCAACCUCAAUCGAAUGUGAAUCCCGGAAACGUGGUCAACAAUGUAAAUAUGCAAUUUGGUUCUCUGAAUCUUACAGAUGGAAAAGCGUCGGGUAGUUCCCUUGACAGUGAACUGAAAGGACCUUCUGAUUCCACAACAGCAUCCGUAAAUUUGGGGCCCCUUGAUUUAGCUGCUAAGGAUGCUACAGAUCUGAAAACUGUCCAAAGGAGAAAAAAUCGCACUCCCCCGGCAUCGGGAGUGCCAAAAGAGAAUGGAAGUACUCACCACCUUAAUCAAAGCUCCUGUUGUACUAAUGGGGCGACAGAAACGAAAAUAGACGACAUUGUCUCUUCUUCAGUAUGUGAAUCAAAUGGUCAGAAUAAUUCUAUAAAUCAAUUUUCAAGACUGUUAAUAGAAGACAGCCAGAAAAAUGGUAGCAUUGAUGGCUUGCAAGAAAUUGUUCCCAAAGAAAAUUUCAGGAAGGCAUCCGUUGUUUCUGUCACUUCUUCCACUAAGCUACUACCUCGAGGUUUAAUUAACCCAGGGAAUUUAUGCUUUCUGAACUCAACUCUGCAGGCUCUUUUAUCCUGUUCUCCUUUUGUUGAUCUCUUGAGAAAUUUGAAGAAUCGUGAAAUCCCCAAGGCGGGUUAUCCUACACUAACUGCGUUUGUAGAGUUCAUAUCUGCCUUUGAAGUACCCAGUUCAAGUGUACCGAACAGGGAUAUGGCUGCUCUUGAUGUUGGGAAGCCUUUUAGCCCUCUCAUGUUUGAUGGUGUUCUUAAAAAUUUUAGUCCAGAUCUGCCCAGUGGUAUCUUGGGACGUCCAAGACAGGAAGACGCACAAGAAUUUUUAAGUUUUGUCAUGGAUCGGAUGCAUGCUGAAUUGCUGAAGCUUGAUGGAAUGUCUUCAACUACCAAUGGGGAUAAAUAUCUUGUAGUUGCUUCUGCAGAAGAUGAUGAAUGGGAGACAGUUGGGCGGAAGAACAAAUCUGCAGUGAUGCGAACACAGAGUUUUGUUCCUUCAGAGUUUAGUGAAAUCUUUGGGGGGCAACUGACGAGCAUGGUGACGGCAAGAGGAAAUAAGCCUUCUGGUACUGGUCAGCCAUUUCUAUCGCUGCAUCUUGAUAUUUACCCUGAAGCUGUUCGCACGAUUGAGGAUGCUUUGCGUUUAUUUUCUGCACCAGAAACUCUUGAAGGGUACCGGCCAUCAGCUGCUGGGAAGGCUGGUGUUGUGACUGCUCGCAAAUCUAUGAAGAUACGGAAGCAGUCGAAAAUAAUGAUAUUACAUUUGAAGCGUUUUGGCUAUGGAAGCCAUGGAAGUACCAAGUUGAAUAAGCCUGUGCAUUUCCCCCUUGAGUUGGUUUUAAACCACAGUCUUCUCAUCUCCUCAUCCACAGAGGGUAGGAAGUAUGAACUUAUUGCCACCAUAACCCAUCAUGGAAGAGAGUCCUCAAAGGGACAUUACACAGCAGAUGUUCGAUACCAUAACGAUCAAUGGCUGCGAUAUGACGAUGCAUCUGUCAUGACAAUCGGGAAGAAUCAUGUGUUGCAUGACAGGGCUUAUGUUCUCUUCUAUAAACGAGUAUAAGGUAUCGAUGUGGACGCAGAGUCCUUUCUGGAUCUGAUAUCAACAUAGAAAAACCUUUCUGCUGCCUGUGAGGCUUUGAGUUGUUGAUGUGUGGAUGAUCUGCUGCAGUGAGAAUGACGAUCUGGUUCAAUUAUACAAGAAUUUUAAAGCGUUAUAAUAGUAUUAGUUUUGUUCUGAGGCAUUAUAUAAUUUUUAAGAACAUUAUAUUUUGCGAAUAAAGGAUUGAAAUGGUAACUUUCCUUUUCAUUAUUUAUUUU